AUGCAGCAACCUGGGUGUCCGUCCAGUCUGGGACAUCCGGACAGUUUCCUUCACUUCAGCAUUGCAGACCUCGAAGGUGAUGCUUACUAUUCAACUUGGGUGCUGGUUAGCAUGGACAGGGGUCUAUUGAGGCACGGGUUGGAGUCCCUGAGCCCAGCGCCGGAAGCCAGGCGCUGGGUCUACCUUGGGCCGGUGGCCAGACCCUGGAGUGCAGCCAAAGCUACCUUAAUUCAAAGCUACCUUAGUGCCGAUCGAGCCUUGCGCGACUGCGCCUUCUUCGCUGAGACAGCGGAGGUGCCCAUCCCCGUGCCGACGCCACGCUCGUUGAGCCCUGGCAGCUUGCAACACGCCAGGGAGGAGGCGCAAGCCGUCGAGCGGCGACUGGCGAGCGCGGGCAAAGCCACGUUGCCACUGAGUAUCAGCCACGCAGAGAAGUUCUCCUGGGAAAUCGCAGUCCCAGAUUUUCCCUCAAAACAAGCCAUGGCUGCUUUGAGGCUUGAGUUCAGACUUAAGUUCAGAUUGAGAUCAGUGUACACAUGUGUAGACAGAAACUCUCCGACAAACAAUGUCCGUGUGCCUCGGUCUGAGCUUCGCUCUUGGCUUGUUGAGAUCUCGUAUCCUCGUGUCAUCGCAUCCGGCCUCAUGUCGAUCCCCGUUGCCGGAAGUGUGCUUCUGCGCGACAAUCAGGCCAUUGUUGUCUUGUCGGUGGCACAGGAUGGCGCGGCGGCUCCUGGGGGACCUGGUGGGGGACCUGCAGACAACCUACAAAUGCUGCUGAAUCAAGUCCUCGCCGGGGACCAUGCAGUACAUGAAAGUAGACAACCACUUGCGCGAAAGCACCUAGCGGCAAUGGUCUGCAACAUUCAGAAAGGACUCCGACUGGCCCCUGUCGGAUUGCUGGGCAGCUGGAGUCCUGACGCCUCACGAAAGCUCCUACAUGCCCUGGCUCUCCCCAAAGUGAUCCGUCCCAAAAAGGAGACUGCCACAGCCUCCCAACCUGUCUUGCAGCUGACGAAUGGUACUUCAUCCUCGUCGACGUCGUCCACGUCUGACUCUUCCUCUGACUCUGACUCCUCGUCGGCAUCAGAAGAAGAGCAAUGGCAAGGAGUACCGAACCCGUCUUUAGGUGGCGUCGUGGACAGUCCAGAGGAGGUUGCAGGAUCCAAUGGGAGCGCAAGUGUGGCAUCUUGGAAUGAGGGUGUGCUGGGUGCCGGCAGCGCAGGAGAGCAGGACAACGGGCAGACUCUGGAACGUCCACUGAAAAUCCAGAGGUGCAGCUUGUGUCAUGACUUUGAUGAUUUGUUGGAGACGUAUCUUGAAGCGGCGGACGAGUUGGAGAAAACACAGCAGAAAGUGCUGGAGUUGCAGGCCAUUUUAGCAUCGCAGCAGAACCGUACAGGACUCCGACUGGCCCCUGUCGGAUUGCUGGGCAGCUGGAGUCCUGACGCCUCACGAAAGCUCCUACAUGCCCUGGCUCUCCCCAAAGUGAUCCGUCCCAAAAAGGAGACUGCCACAGCCUCCCAACCUGUCUUGCAGCUGACGAAUGGUACUUCAUCCUCGUCGACGUCGUCCACGUCUGACUCUUCCUCUGACUCUGACUCCUCGUCGGCAUCAGAAGAAGAGCAAUGGCAAGGAGUACCGAACCCGUCUUUAGGCGUUGCACCUGAAGUUGAUACUGAGUACGAGUACGUGCCCAACCCGGCCCUCAACAUUGCCCCCCCCUCGCCUGUAGGUGGCGUCGUGGACAGUCCAGAGGAGGUUGCAGGAUCCAAUGGGAGCGCAAGUGUGGCAUCUUGGAAUGAGGGUGUGCUGGGUGCCGGCAGCGCAGGAGAGCAGGACAACGGGCAGACUCUGGAACGUCCACUGAAAAUCCAGAGGUGCAGCUUGUGUCAUGACUUUGAUGAUUUGUUGGAGGCGUAUCUUGAAGCGGCGGACGAGUUGGAGAAAACACAGCAGAAAGUGCUGGAGUUGCAGGCCAUGUUAGCAUCGCAGCAGAACCGUACAGGAUAG